AUGAUCGCCCGCACCACCAAACUCACCGCGGCGCUAUACGCCCUGGGUGGCCUGCUCACUCAGGUCGACGCAUUCUUGGAUGGCUGCGACGCGCUGCGCCUGACUGCCCGUGCCAAGACGUUCGUCCCAGGACAGUCCGUCUAUGACUAUGAGGUUGAGAACUUCUGGUCCAACCACCAGAUCAUGGCACCCGCCUGCGUCUUCCGCCCGACCUCGGCCGAAGAUGUCGCCGCCGCGCUGCUCAUCAACGAGGUCACGACGACCGAGUUCGCGGUGCGCGGGGGAGGCCACAUGGGCAUCCGUGGCGCCAACAGCAUCGACGGUGGACCGCUGAUCGUCAUGAGCAACCUGACCAAACUGGAGGUCGCCGCCGAUCGCAAGACGGUCUGGGUGGGUCCCGGCCUGGACUGGGGCGAGGUCUACAGCUACCUGGGCCAGUUCGGCCUCGCGACCACGGGCGGACGUCUCUCGCCUGUCGGUGUACCUGGACUCCUGCUCGGUGGUGGCAUCAACUUUCACGGCAACCAGCAUGGUUGGUCUGCCGACAAUGUUGUCGAGUACGAGAUUGUCCUGUACACCGGCCAAGUCGUCAAGGUCACCAAGAACGUCCGCUCCGAUCUGUUCUGGGCGCUCAAGGGCGGCAGCAACAACUUUGGCAUCGUCACCGGGUUCCGACUCAACACCUUCCCCUCUGGUGAUGUCUACGCCGGCGUCUACUCCGUGACCGACAUCCCCGCCCUUCUCGAGGCCAUUGCAAACUACUCCGCCUUCAACACGGACCCGCUGUCCCACAUGGUGCCCCAGGUCGUGGCCGUCGACGAGGAGACCACCGUCGGUGCUGUGAUCCUGUACUACGACAGCGACAAGGACCCCGAGCCCGAGUGCUUCCGCCCCUUCUGGGACCUUCCCAACGUCGGCAACACCUUUUCCAAGACGACGCUGUCGCAGUUCGCCGACGAGACGGGCCAGCUGGUCGUCCCUGGCAUCUACGACAUGUUCAUUGCCGGCACGACUGUGGGCAAGACCUACGAUGACCUGCUCGAGGGUGUCCAGGUGUCCUGGGCGGCUUUCGAGGCGGAGCUGCCCAAGCUCUUUGCCAUCCUUCCUCCUGCCGACCGCCAACUCAUCUCCAUGGACUGGCAGCCCCUCGGCGAUCUCUGGCUCGCCGGCUCCCAAAAGGCCAACCCGGCAGGGAACGCCCUCGGCUUCGAGCCCGAGGAGAAGGGCACCUACCUCGCCUGGGCCGAGGUUGUCGAGUGGCGCGGGGAGGAGCACAGCGAGGCUGUGUACGACUGGAUCAAGACGACCACCUGGAAGAUUGCCAACGCCACCCAAGCGGCCGGUGUCUACGACGCCUUCAACUACAUGGGUGACUCGGCCGGCUUCCAGGAGGUCUAUGACGGCUAUGGCGAGGCCAACAAGAAGAAGCUGCUGUCCAUCUCGCGCAAGUACGACCCGCUGCGACUCUUGCAGCGGCUGUGGCCCGGUGGCUUCAAGCUUGGGCUGUAA